UCUUGACAUGAAACUUAUUAUUUUGGUGGUCCUCUUCAACCAGAUUAUCCUGGAAAUUGGUGCCUAUGAUCACAAGAUCGCUCACAGGAUAUGCAGCAAAAACAGUUUCCCAGAUUGCUAUUCAUACUGUAGCAAGGGAUGCAAGGAUAACCCAGCUGAGUGCAUUCAUCUCUGCGAGAAAGGAUGCGGAUGUAUCGACGGCUCAAUCGUGCGGAACAAUGGAGGCUGCAGACGAAUAAAGAGUUGCGGCAAGGAUGAGGAUUCACUAUCCGCUGAAGAAUUCGUGGAAGCUUGGUGGGACCCGGAAAAGAGUAAUGCAGGUGAACAGCAGGAACCAACGGCAAAUGGUUCGGAUGAAGGCGGAUCGGAUGCGAAGGAAGUCCAGGAAAUUCCGAAUGAAGUGACUCCAUCGGGUCCUUUAGAGGACGCCGAUUCCAAACCACAAGCAGAUGCGAAUACUGAAUAAUCCAGUUUGUAGUGCAACAUAAAAAUAAAAAACCG